AUGACUACCAGCGCUGGCGGAGACGACUUGGACGAUGGGCUAGAGUACAACGUGAGCCUUUCAGAAGAUGAGGGAACUGCUGUCAACACAGAAGAAAUAAAACUCCCUUUAGGGUCAGCUGAUGAUAACGAUGAAGCCGAUGAGCCUUCUUCAGGUAACAAACGAAAACACAAAUCUUCUGCUUUGAAGGAGAAGAAACGUAUUAAGAUGGAAACAGACAUGCAGACAAAGAAAAACUUGUCGAAGGAGGUAUCGCCAGAGAUUAUUGCAGACUUUGUCAACUCCAAGAUCUCACAGAAAAAUCCAGAUUUGUCUUCCUUGGAGUUAUCCGAGUUGUACUUUACAAAAACCGAUUUCAGAUCAACUUCCGACUUUACCGAUGAGCGCACAUUAAAUAACCUCGGCGAUUUCAUCUUACUGCGCUUCAAAAACAUGCUUCCAGCAGGCUCAAAAAAGUCCAAGAAAAGCCUAAAAUCUGAAGAACAAAAAGACCAAGACGAACGCAAGUUCAUUGCCGUGCUCUCCAUGUCUGCACUUCGUGCUUGUGAUGUCCAUCGAGCCACAAGAGACUUAUCUGGCUCUUCCCUAAAACUCAUUAAUAAGAACAAGCUAGACGUCGACCUCAAGUUGGUGAAAACUACAAGGUCUCGAGUCCUCUGUUGCACACCAGGAAGACUCGCCAAGGUUCUCGCCUCAGAAGAUGCUCCGCUUAAAAAGUCUGAAGUGAAAAUUAUCAUCUUGGACAAUUCAUACUUGGACAAAAAGCUACAAAACGUUUGGGAUAUCAAGGAAACCACUGAGGUUUUGAAAGAAUUGACCCUUUCUGGCUCAAAGGUGUACCUCUAUUAA